AUGAAAAAAACGAGCUCUUGCACCCCCCCCCCCCCGCCAACCGAAUCUCCCUCCCGCCAGCCGACGCCCGUGAGCAAGGAGGAGGACGCGGGCGGCUCCCCCGCCGGCGCCGCCUCCACCAGCGGGGGCUCGAUCGACAAGCCCGGCGAGGACCCGACGAAGCGCCGCUACCGGGUGGUGGUGAUGGGCGCCGCCAAGGUGGGCAAGACGGCCAUCAUCAACCAGUUCCUGUACGACUCCUUCACGCCCAAGUACACGCGCACGGUCGAGGAGAUGCACCACGGGGAGUACGAGGUCUCGGGAAUGUCGCUGACCUUGGACAUCCUAGACACAUCCGGUUCCUAUGAAUUCCCAGCGAUGAGAGAACUCUCCGUGAACCAGGCCGACGCCUUCAUCCUCGUCUACGCGAUAACGGACGCGGAUUCCUUCCAAGAGGUGCGGAACCUGCGCGAGAUGAUCAUGCGGACGAAGAACAAGCCGGUGCCCAUCGUGGUCGUGGGCAACAAGAACGACCUGGAGGAGCAGCGCGCCGUGCCCACCGAGAUGGCCGAGACGACCGUCCUCGUCAACUGGGAGAACGGCUUCCUCGAGGCCAGCGCCAAGGACAACCUCAACGUCCUGCACAUCUUCAAGGAGCUGCUCAACCAGGCAAAGAUUAGGUAUGCUCUGAGUCCAGCCGUCAAGAGGCGCCGCCAGUCCAUGCCGAACGUGGGCAUGCAGAUCACGCCGGCCCAGCUCUCUCACCUCCAGCAUAUCAAACAAAAGCACAGCGGGAAGCGCAACUCGUGUGUCAUUUCUUAGAGAAAAACGGUGCUGCUGAUCGGUCUUGCUCUCUCUCCCUCUCCUCUGUCCCUUCCGUUUUGUGCUGUAGCGGAGAUUCCAUUCAUUGUCUGUAAGAAUGUAAACCAAUAGAGUUCAGACUUCCUCGCGUCUGCGGGCUGGGCGAGCUCUGGCGCCGGAAGCUCAGCUGCGCAGCGGUCGUGCGGGCGACUCGAAUGCAGCGUCGAGAGGAAACGCGGCGAGCAGCGGGGGAAUCGCGCUGACAAGCAGACGCAGGCUCGCCGGUGUUCGGAAGCAGCACAAAAGGGAAAGAAAAAGGAAAGAACAAGAAAGAAAAAGGAUUAAGUCGCUUGGAAAUUUUAGAACUAGUGUUUGGAUUAUGUUAUGAAUAUACAAAAGAUUUAAAAAAAAAAAAAACUGUUUGAUGGACGUCGUGUGGAACGGAAAACAGAUUGUCCAAGUAUGUUUUGCUUUAUCUGAAAAAAAAACUUUGAAUCAUGAUAAACGCAUUAAAAAAAUGAAAUGAUCAGAUGUUGCAAACCGAAGAAAAGGGUAAAAUAUACAUGUAAUAAAAAUAACGUUCUUCUUCUAUGUUCACUGAGCUUUACCCCUCUUUCCUCCAGCUCUUGGUAGUUCACCUCGAUAGUGAUUUAAGAAGCUUUUUCGGAUUUUGCUCGCGUUUCCCCGCCGCGGUCGGGUGCUUUCCCCAAUACAUGUAAUCUGUGCCAAACGACCACGCGGAAAUUUGCAUCUCACUGUGACAGUUUCUCUCCCGCUUGCACGGACCCGCAUCCGGGUUCCUGAACACCGCCUCACGCGGCCGAGCCUUCCUCCUCCUCGGCGAUGGCCUUGUUCGGAGCGGGCUGGAGGGACAGGCCGGCGCCGCCUCCCUCAGGGCCGGGGGAUCUACCACACACACACACACGCACACACACACGCGCACACACACACACACACACACACACACAACACACAC